UUCUCCCCAUUUACCGGCACCAAAGGAUGUGAUGGUUUAUUCCUAUAACUUUCGUAGUUCACUGAGAUGGUCUCCUGUUAAAGUGGAUAGAGGCUUGGUGUUAUAUACAGUCCAUUUUAAAACAGGUGCCUUUAACCAGUGGGAUGAGAUGAACUGCACCCGUAUCACCCAGACUGAAUGCAGUUUCCCCUGGUCACUUAAGGAGCGGCGCUGGACUGUUGUUUUGCGUGUGAGGGCUGAGCUAGGGCAAGUUACUUCUGACUGGGUGGAAACAGAUCCAUUUGUGGCAGAGAGAAACACUACUAUAGGGCCCCCUAAAGUGAACAGCGUGACUGAAAGCUCUGACUCGCUUCUCAUUAGUGUCACACCCCCUUUUGGAUCCGAAGCAGGUGAUUUUCUUCAGUAUCAUGUGUCCUACUGGGAGAACACAACAAGUACUACUAAAAAAGUGAUAAAGACAAGCAGUACACUAUUCAAAAUCAAAAGUCUAAAGGAAUGGACACUUUAUUGUUUUGAAAUUCAAGUAGAAUUGAUGACACAUUCAGAUCUCCAUUUAUUUGGACUGCAAAGCAUCCCAGAGUGUUACAGAACUAAAAUUAGCGAGGCAACCAGAGCUGGAUAUAUUAUACUAAUAUUUGUGUUGGUGUUACUUUUUGUAAAUCUGGUAGCAGUUGGUUUGUUUCUUCUGUGGAGACACCACAAAACAAUUAAAUAUUGGUCUCGGCCACCUUUAGAAAUCCCAUCACACUUUGAAGAGUAUUUGAAGGACCCUAGCAUGCCUGUUUUAGAGGUGUUGGACAACUAUGCUGAGGACGAUCCCCAUGAUUCCUUAUCUGUUGUAUUUUGUGGAGAAGGAAGCCAAGCCUGUGGCCGCAGUUUGGAUGGUCAAGCUCAUUCACACAGCAUCUCCAGUGACAGUGAAGUAACUUAAAUGGCACCCUAGUGAGAGUGCCUGUACCAAGUCCUUGCAGAGGCUCCUGCCCAUGAGCUCCUCCCCUGUGGCUGCUGGCAGGACAGAUGAGCUCUGGGCAAAAUGCAGCCACUGACAAUCCUAAGCAAGAUGUUGCUUCCUGGGAAUAGUGUGGACCCUGAGCCUUUGUUUAAAUGGCUUCUGCUGUGCUACAACAGCAACUGUAUUCUGCCAAAGAGACUUAAAAGGUGGAACGUGAAAGGGAAAUGAACACUAAAUUUUGCCUGAAGAAAGACAGAUGGUUAUAAAAUGGUUAUAUUAACAUCAUCGUAUUUCCCACCCCAAAUUGAAAUAAAGCUUUGAGAAAUAAUAGCACUUUACGGUAGGAAGUAGUACAACCUGGAAUUUUUCAGUAAGUGAAUAAUUGCACCAUGAAUUACUUUUAUAGUGGCUUUUAUUUUGUUGCCUUAUUUGUGAAGUCCAUGUUAGCACUCAACAUCUAUUAUAUCCACCCCAGUAUGUUUUUCUGAAUUGUUUUAAGUGUGUGUGGUUUUCUAUGGCAGCUUCUUCCCUCUGGAUAAAAAUGGCAGCCUAAAGAGAAAUUUGAUAGUACUUCACCCUCCUCAGCAUGAACCUGUGCAAAGAACUGCUCCAAGAAAGGCCUCCUGAUAUCUGCCUCCUAACGUGUUUGUGAGAAGCAUUAAUCUUCUGCUCCUGCAGUGAGACAAUCAUUCGUCACAGCAAAACAAACUUUAAAAUAAUUUUGCUCAGAAUUUAUAUAACAUGUAUCAGUAAUUAUUAGACACUAAAAUCUCUUGUUGACUAUCAGAUUAGUCCUGCAAAUGAAAAGUUGACUGAGGGUUGUGUUUUGAGUGGGUCUUUUAAAGCAGAAGCAGAAGACUACAAGUUAAGCCUCACAUCACA